AUGGGGGCAGGGAGGAUAAGAAACGUCCUCAAAAGUCGGGGCUUAUCACCCGGAGAUGCCUCCAGUGGAGUUGACAAAUCUCUCAAGUGGGAACUAGUCAGUUUUCCCUCCAAAGGGCCUCGGCGUGUGAGAGGAGGAGGGGGGAUGGGCAGGGGCCAUCAGGGGAGAAGUCUCCGGCCUUUCCACGUCUCUCAACACCAUCCCUUCCCCACCCCGCCUCCUCCUUCCCCGAAUCCUAAACAAUCCGGCAGGAGAGGGGCCCCGGGGGCAGGCAGGGCCGGCCGGCUCGGCCUUUGUGGCUCUGUCCUCGACGGUGGCGGGGAGACAGAGGGGGCGGGGACGCGGGCCGAAGACCCACAGCCGGGGCUUGACCCCCAGGUGCAUUGUCCGGCGGGGGCCGCCGGCCCGCCCCCUCCCCCCGGGGCCGCGACCCGGCCGCCACGGGCCCCCUCCCAGCGUCUCCCUCCGCCGGCCGUGCCGACCUCGCGGUCCCCAGACCAGGGGCCAGAUGUAGAAAGUAGUCCCCAGGCCGGCAGCGGCAGCGCUGUCCACUCCGCCGCCCCCGCCCCCUCCAGCCACCGCCUCACUCCGCCCCGGGGCCGGACUCUCAGGCCCCCUCCUCCCGCGAGCGGGUGUCCGUGCGCCGGCCUCACCGCGACCAGACACCAGCCGCCGGUCGCGCCGCGCCGCGCCAAGCCGGUAGGUGACGGAGCGGGAAGCCCAGGCUGCGCGCGUCCAGCUGCGGCGCGGGGAGCUCCCGAAGGCGGGGGCCGGCGGACAGCAGCUGCGAGCCGGCGGGGGAGCAUGCCCGCGCAGCCCCGCUGA